AUGCAGUCGGUCCAGACUCCAGUGAUGGUGCUCAACACCAACACCAAAAGGGAGCAGGGCAACAAGGCGCAGCUGAGCAACAUCCAGGCCACAAAGGCUAUCGCUGAAAUCGUCACCUCCACUCUGGGGCCUCAGGCCAUGCUCAAAAUGCUGUUGGACCCCAUGGGCUCUGUCGUCAUGACCAACGACGGCAACGCCAUCCUCCGGGAGAUCGAUGUCCAGCACCCUGCCGCCAAGUCCAUGAUCGAGCUCGCCCGCGCCCAGGACGAGGAGGUCGGCGAUGGCACCACCUCCGUCAUCAUCAUGACCGGAUAGCUCAUGAGCACGGCCCGCCCCUUCCUGGAGAUGCGGCUGCACCCGACGAUCAUCCUGCGCUCCUACUACAAGGCCCUUGAGAUCGCCAACAACACGCUCGAGGCGAUCGCCAGGCCGAUCGACCUGGACUCGCACGAGGCAGAGUGGGCCCUCGAGUCUUGCAUCGGGACCAAGUUCUCAAGCAAGUGGGGCAAGAUGAUCUCUGACUUGACUCUCAAGGCUGUCCGCAUUGUGAUCCGGGGGUCUGAACGGAGCAAGCUCGGCCUUUAGCUCAAGCGCUAUGCCAAGGUGGAGAAGAUCCCGGGCGGGUCUCUGGAUGACUGCGAGGUGCUGGACGGGGUGAUGCUCAACAAGGACAUCACGCACCCCUCCAUGCGCAGGGUCAUCCGCAACCCCCGAGUGGUGCUGCUGGACUGCCCCCUCGAGUACAAGAAAGGCGAGAGCCAGACCAACAUGGAGAUGAAGAAAGAGACUGACAUGACUGACGCCCUCCAGGAGGAGAUGUAGGAGAUCGCCUUGAUGUGCAACGACAUCCUCAAGCUCAACCCUGAUGUCGUCAUCACCGAAAAGGGUGUGUCCGACCUGGCCCAGCAUUUCCUCCUCAAGGGCAAUGUCUCCUGCAUCCGGAGGGUCCGCAAGACCGAUAACGUGCGAAUCGCCAGGGUGACUGGGGCCAAGAUCGCCUCUCGCACGGACGAACUGCAGAUGAGUGAUGUCGGUGCCAAGGCAGGCCUGUUUGAGAUCAAGAAGAUUGGCGACGAAUACUUCACCUAUUUCUUGGAAAGCCCUGAAGCAUCGGCCUGCACCAUCCUGCUGCGAGGCGCCUCCAAGGACGUGCUCAACGAGAUGGAGCGCAACCUGCACGACUGCCUGGGAGCUGCUAAAAACAUUUUCGCGGACUCGAGGCUGGUGCCGGGCGGCGGUGCCGCCCAGAUGGCCAUCGCGAACAACAUCAUGGGAGGCCGCCAAAUACGAGGCACGGGGCAGAUGGUGCUAAAAGCGGUGGGACACGCGAUCGAAAUUAUCCCGAAGGUGCUGGCCCAAAACUGCGGGGCAGACGCGGUGCGGAUGAUCACCGAGCUGCGGGCCAAGCACUCGGUGAAGGGCAACGAGCGAUUCGGGAUCAAUGGCAACACCCGCGAAAUCUCGGACAUGGGGAUCGACAACAUUUGGGAGCCCAUCCUCGUGACCGGGCAGGUGCUCAAGACCAGCAUUGAGGCUUCCUCCAUGCUGCUGCGGAUUGACGAUAUCAUCAGCGGCGUCAAGAAGCGCGAGAAGGAGCAGCCCAAGAGCAAGUACGCUCCCGAGGAGGCUGCCGAGACCUUUGGAGAUGCCCGGACGGCUGAUGACAUCCGCAAUUAUUAA